AUGCUCCUUCAAUCGGCUUCAAGUUUGAUUCAGGAACACUAUAUCUCCGUCAUCGCCACUUCGAUUCUACUAUCAUUAGUCUCGCAUGCAUACUACCAAAUCUUCCUCAACCCUCUCAGCAAAUACCCUGGCCCCAGACUCGCCGCCACAUCACGCAUACCUCAAAUCUACCAUACCCUAAAAGGCGACCUCCUCGAAUGGGUCACCGGACUACACAACACCCACGGCAACGUCGUCCGCGUCGCCCCAGAUGAACUAAGCUACGCAACCGGCGACGCCUGGAAGGGAAUCUACGGGCACGCCUCAGCCGGGAAACCAGUAACAGAGAAAGACACCCGCUUCUACGGCCCAUCCUUCAACGGUGCUGCAGAUAUCAUCCGCGGAAAAGGCCCCGACCACUCGCGUUUCCGACGCAACUUCUCCCACGCCUUUUCGGACCGCGCGCUGCGGGAACAGCAGGCUUUGAUUUGUGGAUAUGCGGACGCGUUGAUCGACACCCUCCACAACUCGAUCCGGGAGGAUCCCGCAGCGAAAAUAAAUAUGGUCCGCAUGUUGAAUCUGACGACGUUUGAUAUCAUGGGCGAUUUAACAUUCGGUGACUCGUUGAAUCUGCUGGCUGGGACUGGGAAUUGCAGUUGGGUGUCGGCUGUGUUCGUCAGUAUCAAGACGAACUCUCUGCGCAGACUGGCGCGCUACGCCCCUUGGACGGCGGUCAUUGUCCAGCGGCUUAUCCCGAAGGAACUGAAGCAGCAGAGUAUCGAACAUUACGAGGCUUCUCAGGAACGUGUGGACAGAAGGAUCGAUGGCAACUAUGUGCAUAAACCUGAUAUCUGGGGUAUUGUCAUGAGCCAGAAGGAGGACCUCCGGCUUAGUCGGGUGGAGAUGUAUGCCAAUUCGCAGGUUUUCAUGGUGGCGGGUACUGAGACGACUGCGACUGCGCUGAGUGGUUUGCUCUAUCACCUCCUGAGGACGCCGGAGAAGAUGGAGAUUAUUGUAGAGGAAGUUCGUGCGACUUUUGAGAAAGACUCUGAUAUUGAUAUGAGAUCUCUGGAGCAUAUGACAUAUCUCAAUGCGUGCAUUGAGGAAGGGUUGCGCAUGUACCCUCCAGUUCCGGUUGGUCUGCCACGCAUUGCUCCUGAUGAGGGAUUGCUUGUUUGCGGAGAACAUAUUCCAGGAAAGACUGCACUUUCGGUUCAUCAUUGGGCUACCUACCACAGUGCUCAAAACUUCAGAUUGCCAAAUCAGUUUAUCCCUGAGCGCUGGAUUGGGGAUGAGUUCGCCAGUGAUAACAAGGCUGCAUUUCAGCCAUUCUCAUUUGGGCCUCGGAACUGCAUUGGGAAGAAUCUGGCAUACCAUGAAAUGCGUCUCAUUCUGGCCAAGGUGCUGUUUAAUUUUGACCUUUCUCUUCUGCCGGAGUCUGUUGGUUGGGACAAACAGAAAACUUUCUUCCUGUGGGAGAAGAACGAUCUGAUGGUUCAGCUGAAGGCGAGGAAAUAA